GCAAAACCGGUUGAAAUGGCACAUUUUAACCAGUCUUUCCACACAGCGAGUGGCGCACUUGCUACCAGUGGAAUGCGCAGCCUUCUGGAAGCUAAAAGCCCAGUGCCACCAGAGGCUGAACAGAAUUGUUUUAUACCUGCGAAGCAGCGUCGUCUCUCCAGACCAAAUAAUGUCGAGGAAGUGCGCCUUAAACGUCGCCGACGUAAACAGAAAUUACGAGAAAGGAAACGUAAAGAGACCAGAAAUGUCAAGCAAAGACGGCUGGAGGAGAAAAUAAAGAAAAAUAUUGAGAAAGAAUUGAAAGCCACAACGACUGAAAUGAGAUCGAAGGCCGAGUUUUUUUGGAGAAAGUGGAGAGAGGAAAAGUCUUUGCGUACUACGUCUCGUAUGUCUAUCCAUGAAAUUGACCCAGCCAACUUGAAAAUAUUGUCAAGUGGACGAAAAAAUAAAAUUGGUGAGGGGACAUUUGGCAUCUGUGUAAAAAAGAUGUACAGAGGGCAUGUAGUUGCUGUGAAACAGUUUAAAAGCCAUACAAGUAGAACUGAUGUGGAAAAGGAAGCCAUGAUGAUUAAUUCAUUUGAUCACCCUGGUUUGCCAUUUCUGUUUGGUAUCAAUGUACAAUCAAAGCCAUACAUAUUGGUUACUGAAUUUUAUGGAAUUGGUGGACAGUGUGCUAAUAAUGAUAUAGCUGUAUAUUAUGGACUUGCAUGCAAAACACUCUCACCUUUGAAACUGUAACUGUUACAAUCACUUUCUCCG